AUGUCAAUUAAGACUCACCUUUACUACAAUGUAUCAAAAGAUCUAAUAGUUGGUUUUAAUCAAUCCAAAUCUGUUAGAACAUAUGAUCCUGCUAAGCAUGCUCUUGUUCUGAUGAUAAGAGGAAUCAACUGUAACUGGAAGCAACCAAUUGCUUAUUAUUUAAUUUCUAACAGCUGUACCGCUAUUGAUCUAAAUAAUAUAAUUUUUUCAACUAUUCGCAGGCUUAAAAAUAUAAAUAUUAAUGUCAAAAGUUUGGUCACAGAUCAAGGUUCAAAUUUUUUAAGUUUUUCCAAAAUAAAUGGUGUUUCUCCAGAUGAGCCAUAUUUUGUAGUCGAAGGUGAAAAAAUAAUCUACAUUUUUGAUCCGCCACAUCUAUUGAAAUCCACCCGCAAUAUGUUUUUUAAACAUAAUUUUGAAAUCAAUAAUGAUUUGAUAGAUAAAAAGCAUCUAGAUGAAUUUUACAGUUUUGAUUCCAAUUGCAAUUUGCGAACUGCUCCAAAAUUAACAUAUUCGCAUGUUCAUCCAGGACCUUUCGAAAAAAUGAAGGUUCGUUUGGCAACCCAAGUAUUUAGUCAUAGUGUAGCUGCAGGCAUGUCUACAGCAUUGAAUAUUGGUAUUUUACCAAACAAUUCAAUACCUACAAUCAAUUUCAUUAAUGAUAUGGAUAAACUUUUUGAUAUCUUUAAUUCUUCUGAUACACCUAAUAGUAAAAUUUUUAAUGACCCCUUCAAUAAUAAUUCACAUCAAUUAGAUCACUUAAACAAAAUGACUGAAAUGUUCAAAAACAUGAAGGUUGUUAGUAAAUUAAGUGCAACUGACAUGACACAACGAGUAAACUUUUUAAAUGGUUGGUUGGUAUCAAUAUCUGGUUUGAAAAUGCUGUGGAAUUCAUUAAACGUUGACCAAAACAAAGAUUAUACUCUUUGUACAGGUCGUAUAAAUCAAGACUGCCUUGAAAAUUUGUUUGGAACAAUCCGUCAACAACUCGGUAACAACACUAACCCAACCCCUAUUCAGUUUAUUUGGGCAUUCAAAAAGAUUUUUUGUGUUGAAUAUUUUAGGCAUUCUCCUGAUGCAAAUUGCAUUGAGGACUUAGAUAAUGUGUUAUGUCAAUUCAAUGAGAUGAAUGAAAUGUCAGCCUCAAUUAAUGAAAUUGUCAAUCCCAGUAAAACUAAUUUUAUUGUAAUGUAA